CUCGAGCUUAAUUUUUAGAGUCCAAUUUUCAAAUAAAAAGUUGAAUUUAAGCCCAAUAUAACCAAAAUUAAAGAAAGCAUGGUGUAGCAAUAGCAUCUCACAUGCCCAAGUAUUAGUAAUUCUAGAAUAUUCUACACAAGUUGUUAGGAUGUUGUGUAACAAUCCUUUGAGGGUAUAUGUAGGCAUGAAUUGGAUAAUGAAAGCAAGCAAGAAUUGUCAAGUAAUUUCCCUCUCUCCUAUUCUCUCUUUCUAUCGUCUGGAAUCAUCAUUUCUUCUAUUAUUCUCUCGGUAAUCUCUUCUUCUCUUGCUACUGUUCUCUUCAUUUCUAGACCUAGCAAAAGGUUACGUUACAAUGGUGCUUUCAUCGAUGAAUUCGCCCUCCCCAUGUCCUCCUCAGCAUAUCUCGUAUGUUCAGUCACACCUUCCACAACCGAUUUUGGGUUUGCAAUCUAACAUCCAAAUCCGCCAAACUUCCAUCAAACCAAAUGUUGACGACGUCAGAGCUAGCAUCCUAGCUUCUCUUGAUCGACAUAUGACAGACUUCACAUCUAAGUUGAAUCACAUGGCUAACCAGCUUCGAGAGUUUCACGAACAACAACGUCAACACCGUUUGCAAUAUCGUUGCAAGUGGCACUUGUUGGACAAGACAACCAAAGUCGUUGAAACAAAAAUAGCAUCAGAAUUUGCACUGGAAUUGGAAUUGGAAUCCGAAUCGGAAUCGGAAUCGGAAUCAGAUCCUGACUUCCACAUCUCAGAUGUCGCGAAUCACUCUCGUCUCUUGCAGGUUACUGCAUUGGAACCCCCCUUGUACGGUGCUAUUGCGCCAAGCACUGAGAUCUUCGAUGUUAAUGGACAAUCAUGGUCACCGCUUCAGGUUUGGUUUGAUCUACCACUACGGCCUCUCCACUUAUUUUCAUCGAAUUUCAUCGGUGUGUGUGCCCACAAUCAACGAACAGAGCUGCCAGUUGAAGCAAAGAUUCCAUACUCUAUCUUCUUCCUUGCGGGGAACGAUUCAUUAAUUCCACUCUUGAUUAGACGAGGCAAUUCCGAUUUUCCUUAUGUCAAUAAUACUCUUUUUGAGUUCUACGUUAAACUGGGUUUUACUGCUUUUGCACGCCAACUGUUUGAUUCCGGUGGAGGCGCAAAUUAUGAUGCAAUAGAUUGGGCUCAAGGACUCUAUGAUAUUCUCCCAUCAAAUUCUUUGACCAUCUCAACUACAAUACAACUACAAGGACUGAGACAUUUGGACCAACCGUGAGUGAUCAACCAUUGGAGUAAGCUAUGGAGCUUGAAUAGCUCAUUGGAAUUGGUUGGCGACAUCAGACAAAGCUGACCUCCAUUUCUGUACCUUCUUAGAGUCAUUUCCAUACAUAUUGCCAUGCUCCGCCAUGGCGUCGCCGUAACUUUUUUCUUGAUUGCAUACGUCAGACUUUUCAACUUUGUAAAAUAUCGGUAAAACCAGUUGUUUCUUCAAGUUCUUACGCUCAAUGAUAAUGACAAGUUCAUCAAGACACCAAGAAGAAUAUGCAUAGUUUUCGGAGAAAACAAUAAUUGAGAGCCUUGAUUGUUUAAUUGUUCUGAUAAGAGUUUCUGAAAUUUCAUCCCCACCCUUCAAUCCCUCAUCAUCCAUGAAGGUUUUAAAUUCCUCCUGGCGCAAGGCAUUAUAGAGAAAGCCUGUAAAGGAGUAGCGGGUAUCUUCCCCACUAAAACUGAGAAAAACAUCGAUAAACAAGAAUUCGACAGCAAAUCCCACAGCACUUUGGAUGAGUUGAUUUUGGGACCUAU